CAUAAAUAAUGGAGAAGAUCGGCCGACUCAGAUAACAUGACUUGAGUCAUUCCAUUGGGAGAACAUUAUUAUUAUCCUCGUCUGUCAAUGGUCAUAUGUGGAGUUUCUUUGACUUCUCUUCGAACCCAACUUCAUAUCAACACCUAUUUCAGGCUCUAUCCUUGACAGUCAGGAGGCAAUGGAUAAGGACGAGAAGAUUGUCGCCUGCAGUGGCAUGCCGGCAGACGUCGAGAUGGGCAGCGGGAACACAGAGAUCAUCUCAUCCAGUGGCCUCAAACGCGAAUUGGGUUCCCGGCACAUCAACAUGAUUGCUGUCGCCGGUAUGAUUGGAACGGGACUGUUCCUUAGCUCUGGCCAAGUCAUCGCGACAGCAGGCCCAGUUGGAGCUCUGUUGGCAUAUACCCUCAUGGGACUCGUGACAGCAGGCGUUGCGUAUACUACAGGAGAAAUCACGGCGUUUAUGCCAUCAACUGGUGGCUUCGUUCGUCAUGCGACCAAGUUUGUUGAGCCUGCACUUGGUGCUGCAACGGGCUGGAACUUCUGGUAUACUAUGGCAAUCAACAUGCCCGCAGAGAUCAGUGCUGCAGCAACUCUUGUUCAGUUCUGGAAUACAUCGAUCAACCCUGGCGUCUGGAUCACCAUCUUUCUUGUCUUCAUCAUCUUAGCCAACCUUUGCGGAGCCAAACUCUACGGCGAGUCCGAAGUCAUCUUUGCAUCCCUCAAGAUCAUGCUUAUUAUUGGUCUUAUUAUUGGCGGACUAGUCAUUGACCUCGGUGGAGCACCGAAUCACGAACGACUAGGCUUUCGGUACUGGAUCUAUCCAGGAGCCUUCAAUACUUACAUCAAAGAUGGCUCUGCUGGACGAUUCCUUGCGUUUUGGAAAGCAAUGCUGCCUGCCGCUUUCAGCUACGGCAACAUUCAAGUCGUAGCCAUCUCGGGAUCUGAAACGCGCAAUCCGCGAAAGCUCAUCCCAGCUGCGACAAAGAAGACCUUCUACCGCAUAUUCUUCUUCUACUUUUGCAGCAUCUUCAUCGUUGGUCUCAUUGUCCCAUACAACGACCCAGCACUUGGAGUCUCUACCGGAACAGCCUCCCAGUCCCCCUUCGUCAUCGCCUUCCAACGAUCCGGAGUAUCGGUCGUACCUUCAAUCAUCAACGCUGUAGUAUGUACCUCAGCCAUCAGCAGCGGAUCUGCUUGCAUCUUCAUCGCCUCUCGAACUCUCUUCGGCCUCAGCUGUGACGGCCAUGCUCCUCAGUUCUUCCAACGUUGUAACAGAUUCGGCACCCCUCACUACGCAGUUGGUAUGAGCUGCCUCCUAUCUCCACUGGUGUAUCUUACAGUCGUGAACAACACUUCCGUGGUCUUCUCGUGGUUUGUAAACAUCACGACUGUUGCUGGCCUCAUAGGUUGGGUGGUUAUCCAGGUGACCUAUCUCCGGUUCUUUGCUGGUCUCGAAAAGCAGGGUUACAGUAGAGAAGAUCUUCCCUACAAGAGUCCUUUCCAGCCAUACGUGGCCUGGGCGACGUUAUUCAUGGUUUCUUUGGUUAUUCUGUUCUGUGGAUUCGAUGUUUUUGUGAAGGGUCACUUCACGGCCCAGGGUUUCAUUACGUGUUACAUCAACAUCGCCAUAUUUGCUGUACUGUAUACAAUCUUUAAAAUACGUCUGAGAUCGAAGAUCAUUCCAACUUCAGAAAUUGAGCUCAUUGAAGAGUUCCGGCUAAUUCGUGAGGAAAAGCAACAAGAACAAGAUAAUUAACAGCGCGGACAAAUAGCGAUGUUGAAAUUGAUAUAUAGCCACUUGCAAGAACUUCAAUUCCAAUGAGAGCCUCAU